AUGUCCGCCUCCGACUCGAUCCCGGCCACGCCGGAGGACUGGAAGGAUUUGUCGACACCCGGAUCCCCAGGUUCUGAAGAUUCGUCCGAACCUAGCACGCCGCUCGAAUCCCCUGGUCAAGAUAGCCCGAAUGAGCUUCCUCGACGAGUCCCGUCCCUACGCUCCGUAUCUGAUCCCCGCAACAUGAACCCCAACUCAACUGCGAUGGGCGUUUUGGGCAUGGCCAGACGCCCUGUGCAAACAUCCUCCAGUUUUGCUGGAAGCAGCAGUGCUUCGGUGGAGAAUAGCAUCAUGGCCAAGGCCCGGGCACUGCACCAGCAACGAAUGCAAAAGGGCAUGUCACCGGCCGGUAAUCCAGCGUCACCCUCAGGACAGUCGCCAACCUCCAGCGUAUCGAACGGCUUCCCCGCCAACUUGCGAAUGCCGAAUAUGCAACGACCGCACGCUCCUCAUGUCAACUCAGCUCCUGCGAUAACAAAACCCUCAUUGAGCGAGAGAAGGGCCAAGAUGGGCGGUGGCAUGGGAAUGUCGCUAUCUAAUAUGAAUGGACCAAGCCCUGCCACGGCCACCGGUAAGAAGCGAGGACCUCCUGGGAAACUAUCCGAUAUCACAGGUGACGCACCCGGCAGUCAACAGUCGAAUGGAUCAGGGGCUGGCCAAGGGUCAAAGAUGGACGAUUUCAAGAAAUACAUCGAUACUGAGAAGGGAUGGGUGACAUUUGAUGGCGCUGCCACAAUCACACGGACAGGAGUUAACUUUGCCAACGGGCAGACGUUCAGCAUAUCACUUGAUGAAGUGGAAGUGUUGACGGAAUUGGGCAAGGGAAACUACGGAACGGUUUACAAGGUCAAACAUGCCAAGAGGAGAGCUCCCCGAUUUGGCUCAGGUCUUUCAAGAAAGCCUCUUCCCGUCCAAUAUUCACAAUCCGACCCUUCCCCAGUCAGGCCUGCGGAAGACUCCACCGAGGAUUCAGGCGACGGUACCACUGGUAUGAUCAUGGCAAUGAAAGAAAUGCGGCUUGAGCUUGACGAUGCCAAAUUCACGACCAUCCUGAAGGAGCUUGUCAUUCUGCACGAGUGUAUUUCGCCAUAUAUCAUCGACUUCUACGGUGCUUUCUUCCAGGAGGGUGCCGUUUACAUGUGCAUUGAGUACAUGGAUGGUGGUUCCAUUGACAAGCUGUACACUGGUGGAAUACCUGAGAGCGUUCUGCGAAAGAUCACAUAUUCAACAGUGAUGGGUCUGAAGUCGUUGAAAGACGAGCAUAGCAUCAUUCAUCGUGAUGUCAAGCCCACAAAUAUUUUGGUCAACUCACGAGGUCAAGUCAAGAUUUGUGACUUUGGUGUCAGCGGUAACCUGGUUGCCAGCAUAGCCCGAACCAACAUCGGUUGCCAGAGCUAUAUGGCGCCGGAAAGAAUCUCUGGUGGUGGGUUUGCACAAGCAGGCAACUCUGAUGGAUCAUACAGCGUUCAAAGCGAUGUCUGGAGUCUAGGUCUGACUGUCAUUGAGUGUGCUAAGGGUGCAUAUCCUUACCCACCUGAGGUAUCUUCUACUAUCUUUAGUCAACUUAGUGCUAUUGUUGAGGGCGAACCCCCCGCGAUGCCCGAAGAUACUUACUCAGAUACUGCCAAGGACUUUGUCAAAAGCUGCCUUCACAAAAUCCCUGCGAAGCGGCCUACUUACGCAAUGCUGCUGAAGCACCCUUGGCUUAUCGACUUUACCAAGCCCCAGACUAUUACUGAAGAAGCCGAGGAUGGAGACGAAGCCGACAAGGUUGCAGAAGCUGUUGGUAAAAUUGAUCUCAACUCGACAACUGAAGACACUGAAGUGGCGGAAUGGGUCAACAAUGUGCUGCGGUUAGAAAAAGAAGGCUUGGUGGCCAGCGGGCCUGUGAGGCCAGCACUACAUACUGCGCCGCUCGAUACUGUCAGCCCUAUUUCAAGCCCCAGUGUCGCAUAA